AUGAAGUACUCAAAACCAUUUUUUAAAAUGUUAAAAACAUAUGUGCAAAAAUAUUGCACUGAACCUCCGAAAGUUGGAGAUGAAAUAUCUAUUUUUAAAAAAAUUACAAAAGAUGAUAUAUUAAAUUUUGCUAAAUUAACUGGUGAUUUUAAUCCAAUACAUUUUGAGACAUCAAAUAAUCUUGUUCAUGGUGCUCUACUUAAUGGUUUAGUAUCAGGAGUAAUUGGUACAAAAAUGCCAGGUCCAGGGACUGUGGUAAUUGGACAAAACUUCACAUUUCCAGCACCAUGUUAUGCUGGAGAUACAAUAGAAAUAAAAGUACAAAUUAUUUCUGCAAGGAAAAUUAUGAAAUGUGAAUAUGUUUGUAUUGCAAAUGAAAAGAAAAUAGUUUUAAAAGGAAAUGCAUCAUUUAUCAAACGAUCAUUAAAUGUCAAAGCAUAAUACAAAUUAUUGUUACAUGUAUUUAUUUGUACUUUAAAAUUAUAUUAAAAUAAUAUAAAUUAUAUAAAAUAAUAAAACAAAUUUCUUUAUACGUACAAUAAUAUGAUUAUUAUGGCAUUAGGAAAUAUUGCUUAUUAAGUAUAUGACCCAUUUUAAUUGCUGACUUCACAGAACAAGAUACCUUCAGCAAAACUUGCAAGUUAUUGGUCUUAUUGGUUUUCAUUACUUCAUGCAGGUGAUGCAUAUAAUUUAAUUACUGUAAGUAUCAUUUGGAUAUUUUAUUAAUUCUUUACAAUAUUACAGAUUUUAUAUAUUUCUAAUGCAUAUAUAGCUUUUCUUUAUUUGUAAUUAUUAAUUAAAAGAAAUUUUACAUAAAUACAAAAUAUUUUUUUACAGAUAAAAUGA